CCGACCUGGCCGGUUGGGCAGUCUCUGGCGUGUCUGCGGUGUUCGUCGCCAUACUCGUCGCUGUGGUGUAUGUACAACAUAGUCGUUACUGUCAGCUGGGGUCCAAGAUACCGGGUCCUCCGUUAGUUUCAAUUCUGCGGAACAUGAUGUGCGUGAUAAACAGGAAAAAAGACAUUCUCGAAUACGUCAAGGAACUGAAACGCAGCUAUGGCUCUGUGGUUAAAUUGUGGUUCGGACACAAGUUAAUAGUCGUCUUGACAAAUCCAAGAGAUAUUCAAAUCAUAUUCAACAGCAGCAAAACUUUGUCCAAGCCAGCCGUGUACAAUCCAGCUAGCCUAGUGUUCGGGAAAUCUUUGCUCACGACCAGUACCGUAGAGUGGAAUAAAUUCCGAAGAAUAUUGAACCCGUCAUUUGCCCAUCAUGUUAUCGACAACUAUGUUAGCAUAUUCUGUCAGAAGAGCCAGAUGAUGGCUGACAGGCUGGAAGAACAUUCCAAUAAAGAACCUAUUAGAAUUAUCGACUACACGAAGCUUUGCACCCUGGAUAUGGUCACCGAGACCAGUCUGGGAGUUCCUGCAGAUGUCCAGAAGGAAGAUCAAAAGCACUGCAUUAUUAAGAGCUCGUCUAACCUUUUUAGAGUUCUGUUUAAAUUCUUCAUUAAACCUUGGUUUUGGUUUAUACCCUUAGCUAAAACUACUCAAACAUAUACAAAGGUUGUUGAGUUAGUCAAACCGAUCCACGAUUACAUUGAUAGUAUAGUCAGUGAAAAGACCAGGUUAUAUUUUGAUUCAUUAAGAGAAUGUCGGCAAAUCAAAACAGUGGCGAAAAAUCGUUCAUGUUUACUCGAGCACAUGGUAACAACUAUGGUCAACAACCCAGGACUCUUCACUGCUGAAGAACUGAGGAACCAGGCCUUGUUUAUCAUGUUUGCUGGUACAGACACCACGGCACUUGCAACUACAUACGUCCUAAUGCUGAUGGGCUUACAUCCAGACGUACAGACCAAAGUGGUGAGAGAGCAGCAAGAUAUCUUCGGCGAAGACGUGCAUCGACCGGUCACCGCGAGAGACCUGAAGCAGAUGGUGUAUUUGGACCAAGUUAUCAGCGAGACGCUGAGACUGUAUCCUGUUGCACCCCUCGUCGCAAGGAGGGCGGACGAAGAUGUUCGUAUCAGUGAGUACAUCUUGCCCGCAGGAACGACCAUUAUCAUUCCUAUUUAUAUCGUGCACAGAGAUCCCGCUUUCUAUCCUGACCCUGACAAGUUCAACCCUGAGAGAUUUAAUAACCAAGGUAAUGUCGAUCGUCAUUUGUGUUCGUUUAUCCCGUUCCUCGCUGGACGACGAAUGUGUCUGGGCAAACGCUACGCGUGUGUGGCCUUGAAGACCAUGCUGUCGGUGCUGUUAAGAAGAUACGAAGUUCUCGAGUGCGGUUCGACAGCGAGCAUGGAGUGCGUACAGUUCGAGUAUCUUCUGAAAAUGGUGAAUGGUUAUAACAUAAAGCUUGUACCGAGAAAGAAGAACUGUGAAAGCUAAGUAACAAAAAAAAGUUCCACUACUUUUAAAUAUAUGAUAAUUUCUGGGUGUAGGUAUUAAUAUAUUAUUCUUCGCAAUUUUGUUGUAUGUAUAUUUGCAAUUUUAAUAUCAGUGAAACGAUAAAAUAUCUGUCUCCGAGUGAUACUAGUUUUAUUCAAAUAUAACUUGAUGUGAAUAUUGUAAAUUGCAAUAUAAUUAUUACAAAUCAUAGGUAUCAUAUUUUUAGAAAUAUCUCUCCAAUGCUGAUUUAAAGGAUUUAAUUUUUCUUAAAAUAAUAUUAUCCUCUAAUAUAACUUAACGGGUGAUAUUUCAGAGAACGUUGAAUAAUAGAAAAUAGCUGAAGGUAUGUUCAUCUAUCAUUUCCAAUAUCUCAAAUUAAGUUUUAUUUGUUUAGAUAGAAGAUAUACUAUUUAUAUAUUAAAACAAUAUUUUCAAUAUUUUUUUAAAAGUACAACUUCAAAAAAAAAGCAAAAAAAAUUAAUAGAUUUUGUAUGAUUAUAAAUAAUACCAAAAAUCUUACAUCCUGCUUGAUUAGUUUCACAGAUACUUUUAACGCCAUUUUUCGGUCAGAUAUAGAAAAAAUGGUAAAUCAUAAUUUUGUAAUUUAUUCUUACUCAGCUUCUUACCUUCAUCUUAACUAGCAUUGAUACAUGAUUUAUACUAUAAUAACUAACGUGCCAUCUUUUCACUUAUUUUGGUGUCGAAUAAAGAAAAAUAGUAAACGUAUUCUACGUUAUUAAUUUUCUAAGGUAUUUAUUCUAACAUCUUAUAUCCAGAUUUGUUUGCUAUGAGUAAAUGAAUUUUUAUGAUAAAACAUAACUUUUACCUGUUCACAUCCUUAAAAGACGAAAUCCGGAAAACUUAAAAAAUAUAAUUUAUAACUUUAUAUACUUAGAGCUUAUUCUAAAUUUCUAAGCCUUAGAUCUAGUACGUAGAUUUGAAAAAAUUAAUUUUUCUUUCUUUAAGGAGAUUGGUGCACCAGCAUAGUAAUCAAAUAAGUAAUAUUUAUUUAUGAUUCAGCUGUAAUAGAAGAUUUUAAGCGUUCUGGUGUAUAGUUGAUAUAUUUUUUUUAAAAAAACCAAAGUUAUUGUCCGUUUUCUGGAAUUUUCAACAUUAUUUACUAAUUCAAAAAAUAUAAAGAAUUUAGUGGUAAAACUUUCGUAGGUAAAUUUUCAAACACGAGAGAUUUGA